UUAAAGACAAAUCCAAAUCUCAAGAAUGAAGUCCUCUAUCUCCUUUGUGUUCAUGGUUUUGAUGGCCUGUAUUGCUAUGGUCUCUGCUUGUACCAAUGCUUGUGCUGGUGUUUCCGAACGUGAUGGCCGCUGUUACUACUCUUGCAUUGAAAACAGUUGCAAUUUGAGCGGUUCUCAUCAUCAAGGUCAAUUCUUGGGUGCUCUUUCUGAUAGGGGUUAUGAUUGCCGUCCCGAAGGUGCUACGUCUUUGUCUUGUACCAAGACCCCUGAUUUCGGUGGAUGCUUCACUCACAAGUGGACUUGUGGAUUUGGAUGUUAA